AUGGCAUCUCUUGGCGGUGUUAGUGUAAAAGUCGUCGAAGCUCGUGGCAUUCUUGCUGGCAACAUGAGCGGUACGAGUGAUCCAUAUGUGACUAUCACUCUUCUUGAUUCAAAGGGCGCUGUAAUGCCAGCGGGUGGGACGUUUAAGACGAACGUUAAGAAGAAAACUUUAAGUCCGUCGUGGAACGAGACAUUUAUCGUAGCUGAUAAACUCGAUCUUCGUAUUGUUUCAACGUUACGACUACUAUUGCGUGAUGAAGAUAGUACAUUCUUAAGCGGUGAUGUGCUAGGUGUUGUUGAUAUUCCUGUAUCGCUUUUAAUUCAGCUUCAAGAGCCUCUGGAUAAUUGGUUUCAACUUACAAAGCAUGAAAAGAUGAAAAAAGAUUCAAAGGGAGAACUUCAUCUUGUAUUAGAACGAGUCGUUCAUGAAGAAUCGAUGGCUGGGAGAGGUACAGGUGUAAACAUCAAUCCAGAGCUCGAGAUGAAGCCUAAAAAUGUGAGCACUGAGCCACCAAAUCUACUUUACGUGACACUAAAGUCGGGUUAUAAUUUACUUGGAAUGGACAAUAAUGGCACGAGUAGUGAUCCAAUUGUCUUUUUAUCAUUUAAUGGACAGAAACACGAGUCAACAAAGAAAGAAAAGACACUCAAACCUCAAUGGAAUGAGAAAUUUGGAUUCUUUGCUCCUGAUGUCAAGAAAAAAUUGUCACUUCUAGUUGAAGAUUAUGACGUAACGAUUAAUGAUUUUAUAGGUAAAGCAGAAGUGUCGUUGAACGAUCUUAAACCAAAUAUCGAGAAAAAUGUUUCAGUUGAACUUGGUGGGAAACGAGGAAAAAAGGAUAAAAUUGAGAGAGGUGUUCUCUUGCUUACGUUACUUUGGACGUACGACAAGAAUGCACGAAAUAUUGCUGAAAAGAGAAAAAAAUCGACAUUCUUGCCGACUUUUGGCGCACCAGAUCAAGAUUAUGACUCAGACGAUAGUGACGGUGUCGAAAUUGAUGACACGACGGCUAAUAAAAAGUCUGAAGAAGAAUUAAAGAAAGAACGCGAAGAACGAGCAGCGAAACAAGCGGAACUCAUGUUUGAAUUGAGCAGUUUUGAGAUCAAGUCUGGUGACUAUAAUGUACAGAUCCAUGUCAUCGAAGCACGUGAUCUCGUACCGAAAGACUCGACUGGUACGUCCGAUCCUGUCGUGUAUGUCGAAGUGUUUGGUGAGAAACAGCAAACUGCUGUUAAGAAGCAAGUGUUAAGUUGCUUUUGGGACGAUCUUUUGAUCUUUCCAUUCCGAAACUUGGACAAGUCGGAAGUCGAGAUGGGAUUUGUGCGCUUGAGUGUCAUGGAUGCCAAUACUUUUCAACGUGCUGAACUCAUUGGCGCGGCACAAUUUGACGUGUCGUACAUUUAUUCGCAAGCAAAUCAUCAAUUGGCCAACGUCUGGAUUGGUCUCACGGACAUCACAAACACGACAAAUCAAGGUAUUCAAGGAUAUUUACGCGCAUCGAUCAGUAUCAUUGGACCAGGCGAUAAACUUGUGCCGCCUCCUUCUCCUUUUGGUGAAGGCGCGACAUCUGACAUGAACAAUGUAAUUAUGCCACCCAGCGUGACGCAAAACGUUCGUUUUCUUGGCGCUGUCAUACAUGUGGCUGAGCAUUUGCCGCCAAUGGACGUGGCAGUAGUUGGUAGAGGGGGUCUCGACGCGUAUGUCAAAGGAUCGAUCGCUGGUGGAGACGCCAUUCGAACGCGUGUGCGUACGAAAAAAGGUCGAAGAGACGAACUCUGUCCGAGUUUUAAUGAGGAGUUGAUGCUGGUGAUCCGGGAACCAUCUAUGGCAGAUUCCAUUCAAUUGGCAGUAUACGAUUGGGAUCAAGUCGGAUCCGAUGAAUUAGUUGGGUAUGUGUAUCAGAGUGUCAAAGUUGUCAAAGCAAUGAAUGGAAAGAUUGGCCCAUUCUGGGCCAACAUCUACGGUGCGCCACUCCGUUUAAAAUCCGUUGGUAUUGGUGACUCAUUAAAGAAGCAGAUGAAUACAUACCCCGAUAUUGCUAGUACGUAUCGUGGUCGUCUUCUCCUUACAUUACGAAUUCUAGACAAUGAUGAUGGUCGAUUUGAUGAAACGAAUCAAAAACGCAAUACGAAACGCAUUCCACGAGAUCUGUACCCUCACGAACGAAUUUAUCGCUUGCGUGCACAUUUUGUAUGGGGUAGUCAAAUCCCGUCGUUCAUGAGCUCAAAACGUCCUGGACAGAAAUCUAAGAUGCAGCUCGUAUUGUCGUGUGGUCUCACGGAGAUUGCAUCGUCCCGGACUCGAAAUGUCAAUGGAACGGUGGAGUGGAACAACAUGGAAGAGAGUGAAAAGAUGCUUUUACCGGAAGAUCUAGCGCAAGUGCCCGACAUUUUCUUGUACUUGUGUCGCGGUGAUGGCGAUACUCGAAAAGCAGUGUGCUUUCGGCGCUUUUUAGCCAAAGACUUGUUUGAGGGUCGUCCAGCUCGUGAUGAUGAGGUGGCAAUCGUAGGUGGAUUUAAAAACGAAGUGGGUUGGAUAUCAUUGAAAGAAGACCAAGCAAUUAAUGCACUGGAGGAUGAGACGUUUCCUGGUAAUGUGUUGGUUCGUAUCGGGUUUGGAACCGAAGAGAUGGCCAUGCACACAAUGUGGGAUCGCACCGAUUUAGAUGCAGUAAACAAACGCAUUCCAUACCAAUUACGUGUUCACAUUUAUCAAGGUCGUCGACUUCCUCCGGCCGAUUCGAAUGGUCUGUUAGAUCCGUUUCUUGUUGUUCGAUGUAUGGGAGAAGAGAAACUCACAUCAAAAAAGAAAAAGACACGCGAUCCAUUGUGGUACGAAACCUUGCACUUUGACGUAAAUUUACCAGAACUUAAAUACGCUCCUCAAGUGAUGUUACGUGUGAUGGAUUACGAUGAUUUUGAUAGCAAUGACUUUGUCGGACUUGCGGCCUUAAAUCUUUCGGAAGCAAUCAUUCGGUCCUCGGAUCAGGUCGCAGGCGAGCAUCAACCAUCGCUGCCAGAUCCUCAUUGGCAUCAUAUCAUGUUUCAAGAACCUGGUGAUUGUGAAGGAGAGAUUUUGGCUUCGCUUGAACUCAUUCGAAAACAAUUUCCAGACGAAGCUGUACGACGAGCACCUUCGAUCGUACCCCGAAAUCGAAAAGCAUAUCUUGAAAUCACGGUCUUGGGCCUUCGCAAUAUGGAGCCGUACCAAUUUAUGCCAAUCCAAUUGCCGUUUAUCGAGUUUGUGCUUGGAGGAAAGGAACAUGCAGCUCAAGAAAUGAUCACUGAAAAAUCGAAGCGACCGUCGGGAAGUAAUCCAAAUUUCUUGCAACGAAUUGUCAAGGAAGUUGAGCUACCAGAAAAUGCUCAUUUUGCUCCUCGAUUGAAUAUUAUUGUUAAAGAUACGCGUUUAGGCGGGUUUCAAACGCCUAUUGUUGGCUCAGCUUCAAUUGAAAUGAGCUCAAAGAUUCCGUGGUCAAAACACUAUCGACCUCCUCAGAAUGAUACAAUAGCGGAGAUUGAGAUCGAAUCGGCGGAUGAGUGGGCAGACGAUGCUCCAUUAUUGGGAAAAACAGCAAGAGCGGACAAUUCACCGGAAUUCGAGUCAGUGGACAACGGCGCUGGUGUUUUUGGUGCGUUAAAGGGUAUGGGAGUAGACUUUGAUCCAACGGGAGCAUUUGAAGAAGCAUCGUCUCGGCGCUCGAUACUUGAAGGUGAAGAAGAUGAUCCGGAUUCAAAAAAAUAUUUGAAACAUCGCGAAAUCUUGGAUGGAGAACUCGAAUUAGAGUUGAAAACCAAUCCGUUUGAGAAGUACGGACUGCACAUUGGGCAGAAGAAAAAAAAAUCGUCGUUUUUUGCGGCAAUGAAUCCGUUUGCCAAGAAAUCUCGAAAUGCGGGAGACGACGUUGGGAUGUACAAGAUGGCUGGAUACUUUAAAGGAUUGAUCCGUGUCAUUGAAAGAGAAGAUGAAAAGCCAUUGUUUGAUUUCGAGACAUUGCUCCAGACACUUCCGUACGAAGUGCGAGUCUACGUAUUGGAUGGUGUGGGUUUCGCACCCAUGGACAUAGGUUUAAAUGGACGUCCUGGCAAAUCGGAUCCGUAUCUACGGCUAAAACUGGGAGACAAGAAAAUAAGCGAUCGUAAGAAUUACAUUGAAGACACGACGGAUCCGGAUUUCUACAAAAUGUUUAUGUUUAAUGCCAAGCUUCCAGGUGCAAGUAUCUUGACAAUUGAAGCAAUGGAUCAUGAUUUAAUUGGAGGCGAUGAUUUGAUCGGACAAACGUUCAUUGAUCUUGAAGAUCGACUUUUUGACAGGAGAUGGCAAGGCAUGGGAACGAUGUACGAGACGUCAAGUCGUUUACGGCUAAAGCCCCUCGAGACACGCACGCUCAAUAUUCCCACGUCUCGAGCGCCAAUGGGAACGAUCAAGCUCUGGAUUGAUAUUUUGAGUCCUGCUCAAGCUCAUGAUUACCCUGCAAUUGAUAUUUCCUUGCCUCCGCCAUUGGACAUGGAACUCCGUGUUGUCGUUUGGAAAGCACGCAACAUGCCGUCAUUUGACGCAUUGGAAGACAUGAACGAUCUGUUCUUUCGCUGCUGGAUGGAAGGAUCCGAGUAUCAAGAGACAGAUAUUCAUUGGCGUGCGAAAAAAGGUAAAGGAUCGUUUAAUUGGCGCAUGAAGUUCCCAAUCACUCUGGGUCAUAAACAAUUGAAUACCAAGAUCCCGUACUUUCACAUUCAAGGUUGGGAUAAGGAUGUUUUGUCUGCAAAUGAUGCGAUUGGAGAACAUACAUUGGAUCUCGGUCCUUUCUUCCGUCGGGCGUAUAAGCUCAAAACGAACGUUCAAGUGUAUGAAGACGACGAUGAAACGAGAAAGAAGAAGAAGAAAGCAGCGUCUGAUGAUGAUGCAGCAGUCAAAAAAAUUCGAGAAGCCACUGGACUUUGGGACGAUGACGAUCCCGCAGAUUCCAAGUGGUUGAAGCUAGAGAGUCUCAAUCAUAAGACAAACACACGCAAUUUUAUGGGCGAAGUCUGCGUCUCGCUUGAGUUGGUGCCUGGUGAGACGGCGAAGAAGAAUCCUGUGGGUCAAGGCCGAUCAUCUCCGAACAAUUCUCCGUCCUUCCAUUUGCCAUCGAUUGACGUGCUGCUUCUGUUGCGUCCUCUUUAUGGUGCUCGUCUACUUCCUGGCGCCAUUUAUCAACGUGGCGAUCAUUACUCUUCGGGGGAUUGUGAUAAGAGACGUGCGUUUCUCCAUGUAAAGGGUGUCACAGUGCCGCUUGUGAUGCCUCGGCUUGCGAGCAAUCGGGUCGGGAUCCAGGUGACUCAACAAGACGAUGUGAUGGUUAGUAACGAGACAACAGUUCAUUCUCAAAUCAAGACCAGUGAGUCUCUUUUGACGCUGGAAGCGGCCAAAGCACAACGACAAAAGGAACGAUUGCGAAAGAAAAAAGCUGAGCGACGAGCUCAAGCGAAACAACGUCUGGCUGAUAAAGCGCGACGACAGGAGGAAAGAGAGCAGCAUGAGGUGGAAAAGAUGACGAAAGAGGAUUUUUCGAUCAGUUGGAAGUUUGAAGAAGAAUACUCGGUGCAGCCAACGUCAACCACGAUCGAGUUGUUACCGAAAAGUAGCCAGAAUUCUCACUCGUAUAGUCCAGAUGCAGCCGCUUUGACGAUACAAAAAGCGUUAAAACGGCAAUUAAGAAAAUGCCAGUGGAUAUUUCGACACUCGCCCCGAAUUUUCGUCGAAGAAACGAAUAUGAUGAUGACUUUGGAUGAGUCAAACACAAUAUUUACGUUAGAUGAGAUGCUUCAAGUUGUUCCUCCAUUAGAUCUACCUCAAUUAAAGCCAUGUGUGUCUCCACGAAGCGUCAACUCUUGCUGUUCCUGCUCUGACGAAGGAUCGUAUCCAUGCUCGUGCUCAUCGUAUUCUUGUUCUUGCUCCUGUAGCUCGAGUUCGUCGGAAUCAUUUCAUAUUGAAUCCGAGGAAAUUGCUAGAAUUGAACGACAUGGAAUUGAGAAGACACUGACUGUCGAUGAUCAUCUAAUGGCUGUCAAGAUUCAAGCAAGAAUUCGUGGAAAUCAAGGACGAAUCAAAGCUCUUCGACAAAGUCUCGCAUUGGAUCAACAAUUAAAACACGAUGCAAUGAUUGAAUUACAAGAAGCAGCUGUAGUGAAGAUUCAGACGAGAGCUCGACACAUGUUAAAACGAAAGAAACGUGAAAAGAUUCGAGGUGAUCAAAAGAACGUUGAAUCAUUAACAUCAGAACCAGGAGUGUAUGCAACUUGUACUGAUAUCGGAAUGUGGCCAAAAGAACUUGAUCUCGAGGCUCUUGAAGCUACGUACGAUAUCGAAGAGAUGAAUUUCACUGGAAAUGAACAACACGUUCGAGUCUUUUGUGGGACGUGGAAUAUGCAUGCGAAGAAACCGCGAGAUGAUUUACGUCAUUGGAUUCGGUGGCACAAGUAUCAUAUUGUAGCAGUUGGGAGUGAAGAAUGUAUUCAUUCUAUUGCAAAGAGUGUUGUAUUUACGUCGAAAAAGUCAUGGGAAAACAAAUUAAAAGAAACAGUAGGACCAAAUUAUGUUCUUGUGGCAUCUCAUGCUUUGACAGCAAUUCACAAUGUAGUGUUUGUACACACUAGUCUUGUGCCAUUGUUAAGUAACAUUCAAUCGGAUGCUGUGGCAACAGGAUUAGGUAAUCAACUUGGUAACAAAGGUGGUGUUGGAAUUGCUUUUUCACUUGGUGCCACAACUUUUGCAUUUGUCAAUUGCCACUUUGAUGCACAUCAAGGAAAUGUAGCAAAACGUAAUGGAAAUUUUCAUCGUAUAAAUUACGAAUUGAAACUUUCCCCUCGUACUCUUUCAAAUACACUAGACGAGGGGACGAUUAGUCCACUUUCAAACAUUAAAAGUGGACCACAAGGACUUGGACGUACGUCUGUAAAUCGCUUUUCAUUACCAACAGUGACUGGAAGUAACUUUUCAAGCUCAAGACGUGCCGUUAGUGAAUUAUUUGAUCGUGUUUUCUGGUAUGGUGACUUGAAUUAUCGAAUCAAUGGUACGAGACGUAUGGUAGAUACUUUACUACUACAAAAUCAAUAUGAUGUUUUGUACGCCAAUGAUCAAUUACAACGUGAGAUGAAAGCUGGUCAUGUCUUUCCUCAUUUUCAAGAAGGACCUUUACAUUUUCGACCAACGUAUAAAUUUGAUAAACGCAGUGACGUGUAUGAUUCUUCGUCAAAGCAACGAAUUCCAUCUUGGACUGAUCGUGUUUUAUAUUUAUCGAACCAGAAAGAGCAUGAUAUUCAAGUGUUAAGUUAUCGUAGUGAACCAAACUUUCGAACAUCAGAUCAUCGACCUGUAUGUGCUACAUUUCAAGUUUCAUUUCAUAAGACAGAGGAAUUCAUGUCAUCACAACGUGAUGAGAAUCUUGCUAUUAGUCAAACAUGCAUUCUUCAAUAA